AUGGUCACCUUGGAUAUUACUGUUGGCUCAACUGUGCUCACUCUUUUUUCAUACUAUUUUGAACCCUCAAGAAACAUUGACUUAGAUCUUCAUAAAAUUAGUCAAGUCUUUUUGUCCAAAAAUCUUAAUCGACUGGUUUGGUGUAUGGACUCUAAUGGCAAAUCUGAAUUAUGGUUUAGUCCCUAUUCAGACUCUCGUGGAGAUAAACUGAGUGAAUUUAUUUCUGCCAACAACCUAUUUGUUAUUAAUGAAGAUUAUGGACCUACGUUUCAGGCAACUCAGGGUUCUAGUUAUAUUGAUGUUACUGUUAUUGGUUCAGAUCUUCUCCAGGAUGUUUCGAGUUGGCGGCUGUCUGAAAAAGAAUCCCUUUCUGAUCACAUGAUGAUUGAAUUUGAAUUUUGUCUCUCUACGUUCUUACGAGACACCUCAAAUGUUCCUUUUAAAAUCUUCAAUACAGGGAAAGCAUCUCAAAUUUCCAUACCUGUUAGGAAUCAUGGUAAGCACAAUGUUCCUUGGUGGUCUGCCGAAAUUUUUUGUAUGAGAAAGAGGCUUAAUGCCUCUAGGCGUAGAUUUCAGCGUUGUAAAAAUCCGCCUCUUAGAGAACUUUAUAAAAGUAAAUAUCUUGAAUAUAGAAAAGUUUACAAUCUAAAGCUUGCCGAUGCUAAAUCUCAGUCUUGGGAAACAUUUCUUUCGACCAUUGAUGUUCACAAUGUAUGGAAAAAGAUUUACACGUAUGGAGUUAUAAGAGAUUUCAUGAAAAAAAUUGAAAUAACUGGUAUUUGUCUUUCCACUGGAGAGACAACCAACUCUUUAGAAGAGACAAUUACUGCUGUGCUUCAGAAAUCUUUCCCCUCGGAUCUAGAGGAAAGUGAUGAUGAUUUGCAUAAGGAAUACCGUCAAGCUGCGCGUCUUCUAAAUGCAGUUAUGACUGAAUUUUCUGUAGAAGAUAGUUUAAGCAUUUGCUAA